CUUCUUGGCCUUGCGCUAUACAACAAUUGAUGGUACAGUAGGGUAUGUGCAGAUGAAAUGUCCAACCAGUGCAGGAGAACCAACAAAAGAUCCUGCAACUACAAACACGACCAGGAAAUCAACAAGGACCCCCCCAGCACCAGAUGUGGUGUGCAACUCAUCCGGAAUGAUGGUGGAGCUGCCCAAGGACUCUUUAGACCUAGUGGAGCUUCUAGAUUAUGCCAACAAAUGGGUAGUUGUCAACAAGGCUCCCAUGUACUGCAACUACACCUUGCUGCAGGGAAGUGGAAGGACCCUUUUCAUAACCCCCUACAAAGCCUGUGAUGUCAGGAUACUGAAUGAGAACUACAUCUUGACCCUCCGCUAUACAACUUCUGGGCAACAAGUUUAUGUUCACAUGAAAUGCCCCACCAGUGCUGCAGCACCCACAAAAACACCUUCCUCUACAACCACUACUGGAAAACCACCAAUACCCACUGUCUGCAAAGCCUCAGUCAUGACAAUAGAGCUGCCUGAAGGACCAAUUGAACAAGUAGCCCUGAUAGAUAAAUCCAACACUCUGGUAACUGUCAAAGAUGAUACCAGAAAGUGUGGCUACAGCUUGGUGCAUGGGAGAGGAAAGAACCUCUUCACAACCCCUUACACAGCCUGUGAUGUGAAGAUGCUGAAUGGGAAUUAUGUCCUGACUCUAGCAUAUGUAACCCUUACUGGGGAAAGGGUACUGGUGCAGAUGAAAUGUCCAGUCAGUGCAGCUUUACCAACAGGGUUGCCGCUCCCUCCCUUUGGGGUUUCUGUCCUCUGCAGUGAUACUUGCAUGACAGUGGAACUUCCUGGGGGACUGCUACAAGAUAUCCAGUUAAUGGAUGAAUCCAACAACUUGGUAGCUGUUACCAGUGCUCCCAAGACUUGUGGCCUCAGUUUGGUGAGGGGGAACGGCAAGAACAUCUUGACCGCUCCUUACAAGGCCUGCAAUGUCAAGAUACUGAACAACUUCUACAUCCUGAGAGUCAUUUACACCACUCUUACUGGGGAGCGAGGAGAUAUACAGGCCAAGUGUCCUGUUCCUGGUCUAGUACCACGUGAGGGGUGCAAGAUACCAAGAAGUCAGCAGGUUGCUUGUGGUCCACCUAAUGCUGAUCCACAACUGUGUGUGGCCAAUGGAUGUUGUGUGGAUGCAACAACUUCCCAGUGUUACUAUCCUUUGAAUGCAUGCACUGCAGAUGGCCAUUUUGUAUUCUCCGUAGACCGCACCUCAACUAAGCCAGAAAUUGAUCCUGGCAGUCUAGUAAUUGCAGGAAACCGGUCAUGUGCCCCAGUAAUCUGCACUCCAGACUUUGCCGUCUUCAAAUUUCCUGUGACUGGCUGUGGGACACAUGUCUUUACGGUGGCGGAGACUACAAUUUAUCUUGCUGAAGUUCAUGGCUUGGUUCGGGGGAACCAGCAGAUGUAUGGACAAAUUACCAGAGAUGGCCCUUAUCGUUUCCAGGUGGAAUGUCGCUAUUCUAAAGGGCAUUUGGCCAGCACUGGUUACUUGGUGGUGAACCCACCGCCUCCAUCAGCAGCCUUGGCUUUUGGCUCACUUGGGGUUAGGUUAAGGAUUGCCACAGACACCAGCUACACUAGCUUCUACCCUCGGUCCCAUCUGCCCCUGAGCUUCUUGCUUGGAAGCAAGGUGUAUCUGGAAGUGCAGCUUGUAAACCCUCCUAACCCCAAUGUAGUUCUGCUGGUCCACUACUGCAUCGCCUAUCCCCAGUCCUCUCAAGCUGCCUGGGUGAUCCUCUAUGAAGGUUGUCCCAACAUCCUGGAUUACAGCAGUGCUGCUGGCCUCCAUGUGAAAUACAAUAACAUGCCUGUAUCCAAGCACACUCGACGCUUUGAAAUACAAAGCUUCCAGUUCCUGGACUACAAGACCAAGCAGCAUUUGGAUGAGGAAAUCUAUUUUAUGUGUUCAACUGAAGUGUGUUCCCCAGAACACCGUGUUUGUAAUGAAGGAUGCUUUGAUGGGAGAGAUAUGCCUGUUCCAGUAGAUCUUGGUGUGGGAGGGCGCUGUGCAGGAAAGCCCUGUCCUGGGAAAUCCAAUGUAGUCAAGCGAGCUGCUCAUGGUCAUACUGGCCUCAUCGCUGUCGGUGAAGGAACCUUCCUUUUGGAUGAGCCUGUGCCCCAUGAACAAAUGGAGAAGCACUGGACACACUUCCAUGGUCUCCUGGGGCUGCUUGCUCUGCUGGUCUCGGUAUCUGUUGUAAUGCUCUUCCUCAAAAAAUGGGUUGUCUUGCAAAUGGCCAGGUCCUAGAGAAGCAGUCUCUAACUUGAAUAAACCUUUUAUCUUGUGUUGACA